GGCUGGGUGCAGUCCAUGAGUCAGGAGUAUGAUUACUACAGCUGGCCUUCAGAUAACUUUCAGCAUGGACGCUUCUAUACCAAGCAAUCACAGUGUGUGGACAUCCCAGCUGAUCUGCAGCUCUGCCACAACGUGGGUUACAAACGCAUGCGCUUACCUAAUCUGCUGGAGCAUGAAUCUAUGCCUGAGGUCAAGCAACAAGCCAGCAGCUGGGUACCUCUCCUAGCCAAGAGAUGCCACUCAGACACACAAGUUUUCCUCUGCUCUCUAUUUACACCUGUCUGCCUGGACCAGCCCAUCUAUCCAUGCCGUUCUUUAUGUGAAGUUGUGCGUGAUUCAUGUGCACCCGUCAUGGAAUCCUAUGGCUUCCCCUGGCCUGAUAUGCUCAACUGCAACAAAUUUCCCUUUGACAACGACCUCUGUAUCACAGUGCAGUUUGGAAACAACCAAGUUACUCAGCCAUCAGUUUCAAAGAUUUGCACCCAGUGCGAGAUGGAACACAAAGCGGAUGGCAUCAUGGAGCAGAUGUGUUCCAGUGACUUUGUGGUGAAGAUGCGCAUCAAGGAGAUCAAAAAGGAAAACGGGGAGAGGCGAUUAGUGGCCACUCAAAAGAAAAAAAAACUGCUCAAAGUGGGGCCACUGAAACGCAAGGACACCAAAAAGCUGGUACUGUAUAUGAAGAAUGCAGGCACAUGUCCUUGCCCUCAGCUUGAUGAUCUCAGUGGCAGCUUUCUGGUCAUGGGCCGAAAAGUGGGUGGGAGACUGUUAGUCUUGGCCAUUUAUCGCUGGGAGAAGAAGAACAAGGAAAUGAAAUUUGCCGUUAAGUUCAUGUUCUCUUAUCCAUGUUCCUUGCAUUAUCCAUUCUUUUAUGGAUCAGACCCCCACUGAAUGCCCCCCCCCACAUAUAAAUAUCCUUUUUCUGUGGGCAGGCUGACAUCAAGAUACAAGCUGGUAGAGCCCAUUUUUCUGAGGAUUCUGUUUUCCAUCGGAUAAUUGGGUUUGAUUAAAAAUAUUCGGAGGAAUCCUGCACGUUGUUGAUACUCAUAUGACUUCAGAGAUCUUACAGAAAUACUUCCUUAUCCUCGAUAUACCAUCAGCUGCCAAAUAAAAAAAAGUCUUUGUGGCUUUGAAUAAUAUCAUCACACCCAGUGUAUCCUCUUUUCGUCUGAAUUGUUCAGUAUUUUAAUGGAAACAUAUAAUUAAACUUGGAACAUUUGAAAUUAAUUCCUCCAUUUUCAUUUCAUUCUAAUAAAAAGUCUUAAAAUACAUAAAGAUUAAGAGCAGGAAAUCUAUGUUUAAUGAACCAUUCAUUUAUACAUUCUUUUAAACUUCUCUAAAGUGAUUGAUUACAUCAUUUCUUUAACAAUAGUCCAGGAAUCAGGUUCCAAGUAUGGCAGAUCACUGUAUUCUCAUGUGCUUGAAGAAAUACAUGUUGCUCAACCUAGGACUCCACUGGGCCUGACCAAAUUUUGGGCUUUCUUAUCUCCAACUCAAACAAAUAGAAUUUCAAGCAAAGAUUGAGCAAUUUUUUGAAAUGGUGCUAAAAAGGCAGUCAAUAGUUUUGAGCAAAAGGGAUUUUUUUACCCAUAAUUUCAGUUACAUACAUACAUCCGUGCCAUUAGCAGCUCUACCCUAAAACAUGUGGGUAUAUGUUAAGGCCAAGUUGCUGGAUAUGUUUUGAAACUAAUUCUAAUAUUAUUCUGGAGGCUGGCAAUGUAUCAGAGUAUAGUAUUCCUGUGUUUGCCUUCAAGGGAGGAUACCAAACCAAUCAGGUCUUCCAGGUGGCUGUCCCCCAUGCAGAAUGCCAGACCUCCAAGAGAAUGGACACCAGCCAGAUGGCAAACAGGGUGUAGUUGCUUUCCUUGUAUCCUCAAGCUGAGCACACAAAUGCAUAUAUAGCAUUAGCAUAGCUGGGAGAUAGGAGAACUGCCUAAAACAAAUGGAAAGGAAUAAUCCUGCUUGCACACAGAUAUAUUUUUCAUACGGACUUAUUUCUAGCCAAAACUUUCAGGGGAAAAGAGUGGACAAGAAGAAAUAUCUUUUCCAAACAGGAUAAAAGCUUUUUCAGAUACUCUUAACAGUGUAUCUCAACCUGGCAACUCUAAAAUAUGAGACUGCAAAAUUACAUAUUUAAUGUUAUUUUUAUCCCACCUUUAUUAUUUUGUAAAUAACUCGAGGUGGCAAAUAUAUGUAAUACUCCUUUGUCCUAUUUUCCCACAACAAUCCUAUGAGGUUGGGCCAGAGUGAUUGGCUCAAAGUCACAUGCCUAAGGCGGGACUAGAACUCUCACUCUCCUGGUUUCUAGCAUUAUGCCUUAACCACUAGAGCAAACAGUCUUACAUGACACAUACACUGUGGAUAUCAAGAUUGCUUCUGCCAACAUUGUUGCCAUAACUCUUUAAAAUAUUUGUCUAAGGGAGGGGUGUCAAACUUUCAUUAUCACAGUGGCGUCACGUGACAUAUCGCAACUUCCCCCCUAUUCGCUAAACCAGGUAUGGGCGUGGCCAGCGCGUGACGCAUCCAGCCCGUGGGCCAUGAGUUUGACAGCCCUGGUCUAAGGUGAAUUUUUAUAGGUGAAAAAAUGGACAUUUCUGAAGUUUUAGAACAAAAAUGGGUGGCAGAGGGAAGAAGAAAAAAUGCUGAUAGGCAGAUGACUUGCACUAUAUAGAAUUUGAAAAAGAAACAUUUUCUAUCCUCCACUGUAUUCCAGACAUUAUGUAGUGCCAAAAUCUGUGGGAUUGCCACCAAAGAUACAAUAUUUUGGAUAAAUGAGAACUUUUAGUUCCUAAAUCUCCAGGUUUAAUUACUUCUAAUGUAAUCUGUACUUUUCCUUGCAAGAAUAUUAUCUAUUUGCUAAUUGAAUAAAAUGAAAAUAGAUGGUUAAAAACUGACAAAACACACUUCUCCACUUAAGCUUCACAACUACUGCAUUGUGUGCCCCUUACAUAGAGCAAGUCUUUUCCUCAUAAAAUCAUCUCAAACACACACAGAGAGUCUUGAAAGUUGGAAGCAUAAAUGUUUUGCUGACACGAAGGAAUUGUCCAGCUCUGGGAUUCCAUUUGUUCAAGUUUCCCUAUCAAUGGCUACCUUUGUGUCAUCCUUCUUCAAAACAUCCUCUUAAAUUACUUUUAUAAUAGAACUUUUGUCUAUUCUUAUAAAAAAAACCUCUUCGUUCUUCUCUCAAACUAAUGCAACCCAAACUCAUUUAAAAGGUUGGUGUUCUCCCUCUCCAAA